AGUUGUCCAGUAAUAGUAAAUUGGUUGUAAACUCAGUACAUAGAUUCAGAGUUAGCUCCUCUUCAUAUUAAUCACUAGGAUGGCUUUCUUCAUUAUUUAUUAUGUGUUGGGCUCGAGGACUUUUGCGACGGUGCAGGAUUUUGGUUUGAGCAUGAGAUGAUGAACCCAAACCUGAAGACCGGCAAAAACCAAGAAGAAGAAGAAGCCAAUCCAUAUCAAGAGUUGUCGUGCCGCGCUGACAGCUUUGGUUCUGUAGAAAAGGCGCAAGCAGUUGCGUUCGAGUUCAGAAUGGGUCCUACGUCCACGGCAUUAACUGCCUCUGGCGUUGGUGGUACUGUAGUGGAGCGAAUACUCAUCUGGAGGAUCAUAGGAGGUCUGAUAGACGUUCACGCAUUCGUGAGUAUGCCCUCAGGCCCGGCGCGAUCGCUCGAGCACUUGAGUAUUUCCGAGUUCAUGUGCACCAAAGUACCGUGCGGGCGCUCGCUGUCUCAUCUGUGGCCCACCGAGCUACUUUUUUCUUUGAAAUAAAGCUACAUUGGCUUUUUACGAAGUUUCUGUCUUCGCCGCAGUAUCUUGUUUGGCUGGACAGUGUGGUUCCCUUGCUACCAGGCCUGGCGUACGAAGGGGCAGAGGCUGAGCAGGAGCGCAUAAUCCAUCAUUUCUCAACGGCGGGUACGUCGCAAAGUUGUGCUACAGCAAAACAACAGGCCCUUAAUUUUUUCAAGAGUGUGAGUGAUAAAUAAGCUCUUACAAUGUAUUUUUUGCGUUUUUGGUAGUGCCCGGUACAGAAACGAAUAGUGCAUUCGGGCAGACGCUACUGGGUGGAAUCGAAAAAGCAGGUGGUAUUGAAGAUAAAACCAUAAAUGCGAUUUGCAAGCAGGCUGGCACUCAUUUCUUGAGUUUCUGGUCAGCAACACGGUUGGACAGAAGACUUCGGAAAUGAUCUUAAAGGCGCUGCGAAGCGGAGUGGUAAACGAUGCGUGUCAAUGCAAAAAGAAGAAAUCGUAAACCGCUCGAACAAGGAGAUGGAGAGACAUACGAUAAAGGAGAAAACAGAGAAGAAGCUCAGAGGGGCACAGCUGUUUUGAUAUAUUAAAUAUAUAGUACUCUUUUUCUAAUCCUCAACUCCAAAAUCUUCAAAUCAUAAAACUUAAACAUAAUUACAGAAAAAUAACCGGGUUAUUUUUGUUUUUCCCUCAUUUUCAUCCUAGGUUAGUCCCUCCAAUCUAUCAAGUGCUUUCGGUUACAGAUUUAGUUUUCGUUUUGAUAUCAUCCGUAGCCGCCCAUCUUCGCUCGUGUUACAAAAAUCUUCAGUAUAGGGUAGAUUCUUCGUUCUGAUUUCUACUCUUCUCUGCAAUGAAAUCAAAUUAGGUACUCAAACUGAUACUGAACACCUUGCGGUUGCGAAAACCGCGACCGCUUUCCUGCCCACAGGAGGAGAGAAAGUGGUCAGAAAUUGCCUCGAUCUAGCACGAGACCUUUAAGUACGGUUUCGCGAUUACAUAGACGCGUACCAACUUCUGUGCGCUCCCCCCAAGCUCGCUUAACACUACGACAUGCCUACUUACCUGUUACUUUUGGACAUGCAUUAUAACGCGAACGCGAUAGUCAUAGUUGUUUGAAAAUGAAAUUAUAGCAAAUGUGCAAAUAGCAAAUGUGCGAUGGAUGCAUCGCUUUAGCUAUGAUCCGAUCG